GCAGUCUAGCUCCAGGAUAUCCUGAAGCCCAUUGCCCAAGAGGUACAAAUACUUGGCUUCGUGCUCUGUAUGAGAAAUGAGCAGUUAGGGAAUCCUUAAAAACGAAGACAUUGGCAGAAUGGAGAAUUAAUAGGUUUCCACUUCCAAGGGGAAAACAGUCCCAUUGCAGAAAGGUUUACAAGCACUAGUCUGUGCUAUAUUCAGAACACUAUGCUCUGAAUAUCCUGUGAUGACUAUGAAGCAGCAGCCUAGGCAUUUUCAGUAAGUUUGUCCAGAGAUGUCUUAGAAGAGAUGGACAUAUCAUCCCAAUUGCUUUUUACAGGAUAAUAAACUCUGCACCUAUGUGUAUUCUGGCUUCACUGACACCUAACUGCUACAGGAAACUACACAUCACGUGCCAUCCUGCUGUAAACAUAUCCCUUUUCUAUCCUGUUUUUGUUUUUUUUGAACAUGCAGCAUCUUCUACUCCAGUCACCAACAUGGAAGAAAAUGCAAACACCAGUUUGGAAGAAGAUUUCGAAGGACAAGCUACACACACAGGGCCCAAAGGUGUGAUCAAUGACUGGAGAAAGUUUAAAUUAGAAAGUGAAGAUAAAGACUCCUUACCCUUGAGCAAGAAAGAAAUUCUUAGACAAAUGUCUUCACCACACAGGUCCUUCAGUAAAGAUGAUAAAGAUACCAGAGAGAGAUUCUGUCGUAAGAUGAGUAUGCAGGAGUAUGAAUUAAUAAAUGAUGAGAAAGAAGAUGAAAGUUGCCUACAAAAAUACCGUAAACGCUGCAUGCAGGAUAUGCACCAAAGGCUGAGUUUUGGGCCUAAAUAUGGCUAUCUCUGUGAGCUGCAAAAUGGAGAACAGUUCCUGGAAGCCAUUGAAAAAGAACGUAAAACUACCACUGUCAUUGUUCACAUUUAUGAAGACGGCAUCAAGGGCUGUGAUGCUCUGAACAGCAGCUUAACCUGCCUUGCUGCUGAGUACACUACUGUGAAGUUCUGCAAGAUCAAGGCCUCCAAAACCGGGGCUGGAGACCGCUUCUCGGACGAAGUGCUUCCCACUCUGCUCAUCUAUAAGGGCGGAGAGCUUCUGAGCAAUUUUAUCAGCGUUUCUGAACAAUUCAAUGAGGAAUUCUUUGCUGUGGAUGUGGAAUCUUUCCUAAAUGAGUAUGGGUUGCUACCUGAAAGGGAGCUUCCAGCACUGGGAAAUGUCAACACGGAUGAGCAAGAUGUUGAAUAGAAAGCCAUAGUCCUCGCUGCCUUCCCUUUCUCUCCUGCACAUUAUAUAUCAAUCUUAGUAAUACCCACCUCAUUUAGGGAAGGCUGUCAUUGCUUCCUAAAAUAUUUGUAAGAUAUGCAUAUAUAAACACUCCUUAACUAUUAGCAUGUGAAUUCUUAAGUAAAACACAUACAACAUCCAGCAAUGCACACAGUUAUUUCUACACCAGGCACAAGUAAAAGGAAGAACACGAGAUGAUACUGGCGAUCUGUAAGAAACUAGGCAUGCACAAAAUAAAAAAAUCAAGGGCCUGAGCAGGUCUCUGCUAUGCACAAGAAUGACCUCACAUCAACAGGAACAGAACUGAUUUGUCCCUGUGCAUACUAGAAAAGCCAUCUCCAUCGUCAGAAAUUAUGGAGAGUCCUGGCUCCACAACUCACUUUUCCAACUACUUUCAGUAGGAACAAGACUUCGUCGAUUCAUUUAGUUUUAAGGGCAAACAAAUAGCCUGAAGCCCUUGCAAUCUUAAAUGGCAUAGGUACCUAGGACACCGUUUCAUUUUCUGCA